AUGGCAGACCAGUGUGCCCUCCGGCUGAUGCGAGAGCUGAAGCAGUUCUCGGAAAGUGACGAUGUCGAGACUCCAGCCAUCGACAUCGAAUACAAGGACACCAACAUUCGUGAGCUCCAUGCUCUCAUCGUCGGACCACCAGAGACCCCAUAUGCUCUGGGAUUCUACCAGUUCUUGAUCAAGAUCCCUUCAGAAUAUCCCGAGAGACCACCCAUCGUCACCUUGCAAACAACGAACUACGGGAGGACCCGUUUUGGUCCAAAUCUCUAUGCGACCGGGAAGGUCUGCCUAUCAAUCUUAGGCACUUGGCGAGGGCAAUCCAACGAGCAGUGGUCUCCGGUGCUGGGACUGGAAACGGUCCUCCGAUCCAUCCAGAGCCUUUUGGCAUCCAAGCCCUACAAUCUGGAGCCAGGCUUUGAGAACGACAAUGAUGAGGGUCGGAUUGAGCUGUACAACGCCAAGAUCCAUCACGAGAACCUCCGUCUGACGGUCAUCAGUCCUCUUGAAAAAGCCUAUGGAAUCAACCCUGCACCAGCGGGGCUGGAACCUAGCCAGGGAGCUUUUCUGGGUGCCGGGGCCGCGCACUCCAACCCAUUCCUCGAUACCUACAAGAGACGCUUCCUGUGGUAUCUAGAGUCCUACAAGAUGGCCAUCCAGCAGGGUCUUGAGAACGAAAAAGCGCCAGUCGGCCACUCCUUCUACCAUAUGCCAUUCGAGCACGAAGGCAACGUCAUGGCAGGUAACUGGGACUACAAAGACCUGAAAACCCGCCUGGAGGUUCUCGAGAAGCGAAUCAUGAAGGAGACCAACGACUGGCCAAUUCGAGGGUGCACCCUGGCACAGACGGAUCAUACACUGGCGGCAAGUCUUCGCGCACAACUUGCGCAGAUUAUGCACCAUAUUACCGAGCGUACAAAGGGGAUGGUGGGUCUCGAGCUCGUGGAUGACAACCCGUUCCUGUGGCGGCUCACAUACUAUGGGCGACCGAUGACCCUGUAUGACGGGGGUGUGCUGAAGAUUAAAAUCUUCAUCAGCCCCAAUCACCCCGCCGAACAGCCGCGAGUCAUCCUCGAGACUCCGCUGUACCACGUUCGUGUCUCGUCGCAGAACGUGCUCAUCUACCUCCCCCUCCGGGCAGAUGAGAUGGCCCGUCAUGUCGACGGUAUCCUCAAUUCUCUGGAGGAAGACAAACCGCCCGUCAACCCGCUCAUGACGGUCCACCCCGAAGCAAGUGCUUUGUGCUGGGGGUCGCAGGAGCAGCAGCGACAGUAUAGUCGCAAGCUCCGCCGCUCAGUUGCGGCCACACUUGAUCGUGCUAACGAAGCUACCUACCUGAUAGGAACCUGUGAUCGGGAAUGGGACGGUGAGAAGAAGAUGGGUCACCUCUGGCUCAAGAAUCAUCAACCGGUCAGAGAUACAAUCCCCGGAGAAUGA